AUGGAUAUACGAAAAUGGUUGAAUAAGGGGAUGACCCCUGAGUUCAAAGCCGAGGCUAAAAAGAAUAAAAAAGCUCGAAAAGCGCUUGACUCGUCCGAUGAAGAACCAGAGAAGGAAAAUCCUAAUCCAAAGGCACAGGCGAAGGCAGCAAAGCCAGCUGUGGAGAAAGUCGCAGUGAGCCCCAAAGACUUUUUCAAAAAGAAAAAUAAAGCGGCUGAAAAUUCGAAGAAACGAAAAGCAUCUGGUGAAGCAGAACUCGUCGAUCUAACACAGGCUCCGACGAAAAAGACUAAAGUAAGCUCGCCAGAAGUGACAAAACGAAAAUCAACGGAUAACGAAAGUCAGGAAGUGCAGAAAAAAGAAUCUCCCAAAAAGAAUCUGCCAAAGCCAGAUCUUCCGAAGCCGGUCGAGAAAGAAAGGUCUUUGCCGAAUGUUAAAGCUUUAGAAAUCAAGAAGAAUGCUUCUGAAGAAUCGAUGGAAACGGAGGCGCCGAAAACGCCGGCCGAAAUUCGAAAGGCAAAUUACUUGAAGUUCAAAGCGAAGCAGGGAGCCGGCGGUCCGAGAAAUCCUGGUUCGAAAGAAAUCCCCGUCGGCGCAGAAAACUGUUUGGAAGGGCUCACCUUCGUCGCUACUGGAGAUGGAGACUCUUUGGGUCGAGAGGAGUUGAAAUCGUUGAUUCAACGAUAUGGAGGCAAAUUUACAACCAGCGUUUCUGGGAAAACAAGCUACGUUGUCGUGGGUGAAGAACCCGGACAGUCCAAGUUGAACAAGGCGAAGGAGAAGGGGGUGAAGCUCGUCGAUGAAGACUUCGUUCUUGAGCUCAUCCGAUCGAAACCGGCUAAGAAGUCAAAAUAUGAAAUUCAAGCCGAGGAAGAAGCAAAACAAGAGGCGAAGAAAGCAAAGAAAGCCACGCCAAAGAAGCAUGUUUCGCCGAAGAAAGAGGCCAAAAAGGAAGUCAAACAAGAAGCAAAAAGCGCGCCUUCUGCACCUACUUCGCAACCAAAGGAUGAAAAUGCUAAUCCAGCUGUUAUGUGGGUGGAAAAAUACAAGCCUGCUGAUAUGAAAAAGAUCGUCGGGCAAAAUGGAAAUGCUUCGUGUGCGAAUAAGUUGCUAGUCUGGCUGAAGGAUUGGGAGAAGCAUCAAGCUUGUCCGAAAGGCCAGCGACCAAAGCCCAAGUUUUCCGGUGCUAAGGGAGCUAUUGAUCCGACUGGCAUGACGUUUCGCGCUGCUCUUCUAUCUGGACCGCCAGGGAUUGGGAAGACGACGACGGCUCACUUAGUCGCGAAGUCUUUGGGUUUCGAGUUGAUCGAAUUCAACGCUUCUGAUACACGAAACAAGAAGUCUCUCAGCUCCGUUGUCAAGGGAGUCAUCACAAAUAGCGCGGUAGAUCAAGCCUUCCGAACCGAAGCAAAGAAGGUCGUUAGCGGCAAAUAUAUUUGCAUCAUGGACGAGGUCGACGGAAUGGCAGGAAAUGAAGAUCGAGGAGGAAUCGCUGAGCUCAUUGGGCUGAUCAAGAUUAGUAGCAUUCCUAUCAUCUGUAUUUGCAACGACAGAAUGCACCCGAAAAUGCGAUCCUUGGCGAAUUAUGUCUUUGACUUGCGAUUUAUGAAGCCCAGAGUCGAGCAAAUCACCGGGGCGAUGAUGUCGAUAUGCUUCAAAGAAAAGUUCAAGAUUGCCCCUGCUGCUGUUCAAGAAAUCAUCAGAAGUUGCAACCAGGAUAUUCGCCAAACCAUCAAUACUUUGAAUAUGAUGGCGGUCAACAAAAAAGAUGAUACAAAAGUUGAAUACGACGACGCAAAAUCAACCGCUGAUGGCGCCAAGAAAGACUUGAAAAUAGGUCCCUUUGAUGCUCUACCUCGCAUUUUCCGUAUUGAUCGGUCGAAACCACAACCUCAAAUUAUCGAGAAGCAGGAACUCUUUUUCCAAGACUACAGUCUCAUGCCAAAAAUGGUCUUUGAAAAUUACAUCAAAUCAAAACCAGCUUCUAUCAGCCACGGAGAAAAUACGAAACAUCUCCAACUUAUCGCCAAAUCUGCCUCCGCUCUUUCUUACUCCGAGCUUGCCGAACGAAAAAUCAUGUCGAAACAAGCCUGGAGUCUACUUCCAACCGUGGCUACCUUUUCUACCGUCAUCCCAGGCUCUCUCAUGGGAGGAGGGUUAACCGAGCGAAUCGACUUUCCAAGAGAGUUGGGCAAAAUAUCAACCACUAACAAAAACGCCAGAAUUGCAGAUCAGCUGAAGAUGCACACUCGUCUACAAUCAAAAUGUGAUCGAUGGCAAAUGGUGUCUACCCACGGGCCCACUUUUAGGGAGCGUCUUAGCCAGCCACUUAUUCGCCAGACGAAGGGAGAACUUGGAGCUGGAGAAGGAGUCGAACAAGUGCUUCAAUUCAUGAACGACUACAGCUUGACGAAAGAUGACAUGGACAACAUUUUCGACUUGACGCAGUGGGUAGGCAAAAAGGAGCCACUUGCAGGUGUUGAGUCCAAAGUCAAAGCAGCUCUCACCAGGGCGUACAAUAAAUCCAGCGCUCCAGUUCCUUUUGCCGUCGAAAUGAAGGUCAAAAAGAAGAAAAAGACGGCAAACGUAGAAGGCGAAGAAGACGAAGAGGAAAGCGGAGAAGAAGACGAGGAAGCGAUCAUCGCAGCGAUGAAAAAGGCCAAACCGGCGAAAAAAGCGGCAGCGAAGAAGGCGCCUGCGAAGAAGACCGCUGCAAAGAAAACAAAGAAAUAG